AUGUCUGUUACUGCACCAGAAUGUCUGCCGAUCAUCAGCCACAUCUGCUCCUUCUUAUUAGAUUUGAGCGAAUAUUCCAAGAAUCGCGAUGUAUGCUGCAAUUCACUUGGCACUUUGUCGCUUAUCGCUCUUCCUGUAAAUGCUUUUCGUGAGGUAAAUGAUGACACCGAUGGUUUACUCAAAGGUCAUCUCGCCAAUUCAUUAAAGAGCUUCUUACCAGGAUUUUCCCAAUCAUUCUACAGAAUUAUAACCGCCAAUCAUAAAGUGUGGUCAAGUGUCAGAGUGGCUGCAUUAAAUGCUUGGUCUUCCAUACUAAUUUCUGUUUUCCAAAACGAACCCAGCUCUAAUAAAAAUGUGCAAAAAACAAAGUCUACAACAGAGUGCGAACCUUUUACUUCCGAGUGGUUCAAAACAACUCAAUCUCACAUAACUUCUUUGGUCUCAAAAACUGUUGAUAGUGUAAUCCACACUCAGCUGGAGCUAGAUGUAGACAGAAAUGUAGGACUAUCUGUUGCUUUUGCACACUGGCUGGGUGUAUUACUACUAAAAUGUCAUUCACUGAUUAAUAUUGGAGAAAGUCAGCACCUCAGAUACACUGUAGUUUCUGGUCUGCUGAUGUUAGCUUCACAAUCAUCUUUAAGAAAUUCGAUACCAAACCAAACUUCUCUCAAAGAAAGUAGUUUUUUAGCCCAAAAGUUCUUGAGUGAUUUCACCACAAUUCAUGAAAGGAAUGUGAACUCUCUUGUUGUUCCUAAAUCACUUACCAAUCUUUUCGGUCAUGAAUUAAUAAGAAAGGCUGGUUUUGAUUCUUUAACAGAACAAGUAAACUUUCUUUUGAGUCAACUAUUUAGUCUUCUAGAUGAAUCACAACUGCAGAAGCGAUUAAGAACAAUCCUUGGUCACUUAAAUGUUUUAGAUCCUGAGGAUAUUUGUACUUUUGUUCAUUCAUCUGAAACUUUUCAUCGCUUUUGUUCUGCCUUGGCCAAGUUUUUGAACUUUAAUUUUAAUUCUGUUGAGUUGCAAGAACUAAUCUAUUUGUUGCCACUCAAUUACAAUCAUAGUUCUGUUCAUUAUAUUCCAGCAAACGCUAUACUACCGUGCAAUUUAUUCCGGAAGUCAUUUCAGUAUUUUCGUGAUCAUUCGACAUUGAUGUUAAUUCAGGCUAUUGCUGGAAAAAUAGCAUCUCAAAGAGAAACAGUUGACUUAUUUCUGGAUACAUGUCGAGAUAUUAUGGUUGAAAGUGAUAAUUGUUUACGUAAUUCAUGUCUUCUACUUAUCGUAGGUGCGAUUGCUGGUUAUAUCUCUAGAGAUAAAAUACCAUGGAGUGAACGUGAAAACCUUUGUUUAAGCCUUAUGAGUUUAUACUUUGAUCGAGACAUAUUAACAUUGCCUACUCGUCAAUCUAAGUAUGUGAACACUACUAGUGACAAUAUUACCACCAACAAUGAUAUGGAUUAUUCAACAUCGCUAAUACAUUUAUCAAAUGAUAGAAUAUCUACCAAUCAUUUGUCUAAUGUAAGUACAUAUAAAUCAUGGCCACAUGUAAAUUCUAAUGAGAAUCCUGCAAAAUCUGAAAUAAAUCAACUUGGAGAUGUGAAAAUGAAUUCAAUUACAAUCUGUUUAUUACUAGAAAUGUUUUGUACUGUUUCACAGUUGAAUACAUUAACAGUUACUAAUGUCACUGGAAAAAAUCAUACUGAUCAACAUUUCACUGAAUGCUUACGUAUUGGUUUACUUCCAACUGUAUCAUUUGCUUCACGUUCUGAUUUAAUCGGUCAAACUGCACGAGUUUGUUUAGAUCAAGUAGCUAAGAAUUGUAAAUAUUCAAGCGUAAGUGAACUGAUUACAGUUAAUGCUGACUACUUAGUUUCCAGUAUAACUCUAGAUUUACAUCGCGUUAACUUAUUGACCAUAACAAAUUCAUCAAAUGGUAGCAAUGCAACUUCUCUGUCGAGUGAAGUUGAGCAAAGCUUAUUAUCAGCCUGUAAUGCUACAAACACUCUGUUUGAAUACUGCACAAUCGAUGUACUGCCAGUUUUAAAACCGAUGGUUACAAAAAUGCUUUCAUCAUUAGAUGUUACUUAUGAAUAUACAACAGAACUUUUCCUUACACCAUUUUAUCAAUUAAUGCAAACAUGUCGUAAAUGGAAUGAAUUAUUAACGAGAAACAACAAGUGUUCAGACCAAACAACUGAUACAUCUCCAGUGGUCGAAUCAAUAACUAAUCAACAGAAAACGAUGAAUUACUCAGAAUGUAGCAAAUCACCUCUCACUGAGUUAUAUCAAAAAACAAUCAGUCUUGUGUCUGAGACACGUUCACUUCAUCAUAUUGAACCGAUUAGUCAAACUAAUGAAGUCAAUUCUAUUGAUACCUUAAAUCAAUCAGAGAAAAGUAAGAUGGAUCCUAUGAAUGAUGAUAUGGAUAACGAUGAAAAUCAUACAUUUCCCGAUCAUUUACAAAUAGUUGAAGAAGUCAUGUUACGAUGUAUACAUUUAAUGGCUGAUGGAAAUCCUAAACUACGUAUACUUUCUAUGAAUGUUUUAAGAGAAGGAUGUUUGACGUUAGAAAGUGAAACCAAUUUAUUAUUACCGAUUGUUCACAAAAUAUGGACUUCCUUAAUGAAACGAUUUCAUGAUCAUCAUGCUAUAGUUGUUGAAAAAGCUUUCGACCUCUUGACUGUAUUGUCUAAAGUUGCUGGAAACUUUAUUCGACAACGUGCAUCGUCUGAGAUAAUUCCUCCUUUGGUGUUAUUUUUAACACGUGGUGCUACUGUAAGUGCGUCGGCAUCAAAGUCAUACAAAUACCUUACAUCUUAUCGUGUACAGAAACGAUUACUUAAAGAGAUCGGACCUCUUUGUAUACAAAUGGGAUUAUUAUCACAAUCACUAAGACCUGUGAUCAAUGUACUUGUCAUGUAUUUAGAUAAUUCACAACCGGAAGGACUACAACAGGCUUCUAUGUCCAGUAUAGAAAUUAUAUGGACUCUUGAUCCUGGAAGUACAUGGGCUCUUCUUAUUAAUCAUCUCACUGAUUCAGAAAUACAGUGCAUAUAUUCUAAAAGAUUAGUUAAACCAUUUCAAAUUAUACAAGUUUAUCAUCAUCCAAUUGAUGGACACAAAGAUUCAAAUUCGAAACUUCAGAAUAUAUCUAUUCUUUUAAACAUACUCCAUGAGAUCUCUGUUGAAAGUACUAAAUGA